UUGCAGCUAAAUUCAUUUUAUUUUAUUUGUAAUUUAUUUACAAUAGAUAUUUCGAUGCUACCGCAUCAUCGUCAGAAUUUUAUAUAUGGCCUGUCCAUAGUGCUGCUUGCUGACGAUGAUGCGGUAGCAUCGAAAUAUCUAUUGUAAAUAAAUUACAAAUAAAAUAAAAUGAAUUUAGCUGCAAACAAAAUUGAAACAUUUAUGGUAGAAGUCCUGUCAUUUACCCAAAAAAGUAGAUAGCAAUUGGUAUGCAUGGGGAGAAAUUUAUACUUUGUGUUCCUUGUAAUACUCUCAAUGGAAAAAAAUUAAAAUAUGAUAAAAGUCUACUGUGUCGAUUUUUUUUUCGGGGCUUUUUGUAUAAAAUCGGUAACUCACUCGUUUUUAGGCUCUAAGGUUUAAAAACUUGGGUUUUAUGGGUAAUUUUGAACGCUUUAUCUAAUGAGAUCAUAAAAAAUCGUUUGAAUUUUUGACUAUGUUACGGGUACUUUGCGUGGUGCUUGGUAUCCCUUAAGAAUCCUCCCUUAAGAUAUCCCUAAGGUACAAAAAAGUAGAGUAUCAUGAACAUUGUUACAAAAGAAUUGCUCAAUGUAUCGAAUGAAAUUGUUUUCUGGCCUCCUGAAUUUUUUUGAAAAAACAUGAAAAAUUUUAGGCGCUCACCUGAAAAACCUGGCAGGUAUUUCGAUUUUUUUACUCUCACCCCUGCUGUUAUGUGUUAACUCUUUAUAUCAUUUUAAAAUCUUAAACAAAAAAUGUUUUUGGUUUUUUUGGUGCCGGUUUAAACUGAACAUUGUUUUUUUUAUAUCGAUUUUUCAGUUUGAAAACUAAAAUCAGUGUAUACCUAAUCUAUUCUGUAUUGAGGUAAAACACACAAAUAUGAACAUAAUACAAAACGAAAGAACUUUACGUUCUCAUCGACUACUAAUAUACAGAUACUAAGACCAGUGAUGAUACCUUCUUUUGAUACCAACACAACUCAUUUUCAAAUCACCAUAUUCUGGUUUAUAUACUGUCAAUAUUCUCAUAUUCACUAGUAGUUAAAUCAGUAUAACCUCUAGUUAUACUUUCAUCGAGAUCGAAAUAAUUGUUAGACUAUAAUACUGCUUAAAAUUUCUAAAAAUAAGUUCAAGGUAAAAUUGUAACCUAUUAAGAAACUACUAUUAGCAAGAUUAACAAAACAAAGAACAAUCAAAUUGAGAAUUGGCUUUUAGGCUAAAAUAAAGUCUCAUGUAUUAUCAAAGGCGUAGUACAAAAACUUGAUUGAGUCUCUCCUUUUAGAUUUAAAUAGCGAUUAGAAACUUAAAUAAUGAUUGUAUUUAACACAUCCUUUAGACUUUCUAUUAGUUUCAUCUCAUAUUUUCUUCUGAUUUACUCUGUGAUUUGACAUUUGUCUAAUUGUAUGUUUUCAAGGCUGUUCGAAGUGAAUGGAAAUGGUGAAUAAAUUGAUAAAAGAAACUUUAGAAUAUUCUGAUAGUCUCGCAAUAAAUUUUAUAUCAUCUCUCAAACAUGUUUAUAAAUCUUAUUUUUAAAAUUUCGAAUAGUUCUAAUUUCUUAAAUGUAAUUUUUAUACAAUAUCUACUCGUAUUUGUUAUGUACAAAGGCCUCUAGACAAAAUCAUUUUAUUAUUUGCUUGUUUUCGAUAAUCACAGUAUUCUUAGAUCUAUUUAUUUUCGUUAUUCUUGCCUACACUUGACAUUUUACACAUUUAUAUUAUUAGUGAUAUAGGGGAAAACAUCAUAAAUAAUAUGGCUAUAGUUUAUCAUCAUACUACUAACUAUAAUACAAACAUGAUCGAACCUAGUCCUAUCAAGGAGGAAAUAAAAAAUAAGUGAAAAUCAAUCCAUAGAGAUCUAACACAUUUGGAUGAGAAAAACAAAGGAGAUACGAGAACUAAAGGGAAAGUUCUUUGUCAUUCUCUAAUAACGAUUAAGAUGUAUCUCAUAGAGGAUAAUCUCUCUCUCUUUCUUUCUAUAAAAAAUAGACGUUGUUGAUUAUAAUAUAUAUUAUACCAAAAUCAUAACAAACAAAUCAAAUACAAAGAACGGAUAUUUCAAUUGAUUCGUCCUUCAAACAUCCAUCCGAUAACAAAAAACAUAAAUAAUAAAUAAUAGAGUAAUAAUCUGUGCACUAGCCUGUCAAUUAGUUAGUACUUCUUUCUCUUUUUCUUACUUCCAUCUUUCUGUCUUUGCAUGAUCGAAGAACCAAAAAUAUCAAGUGAUUUAUGUGGCCAUACGAUUCUUACUCCCACCUUACUCUACAAUUCUCUAAUAAUCACAUAAACACGAUAAUAAAACGUCUUGUCUCUUGUCUCUAUUUUAUUAUAAAUUUCCGAAUAAAAAAAGAGAGAAUGUUUAUAAGUUGUAACAGAUCCGAUCUUUUUAUAGAUCUAUAUAAUGAGUCCUUUUAAGAUUUAAACAAUAAUAAUUUCAAUAGCAAUGGUAAGAUUAUUAGUUCAUCUUUAUUAAUUGAUUUUGAUUGAUAGAAUUUAGAAUUUCAAAUAUAACCUUAAAAAACUUAUUUUUUCGUCAAAUCCAUCAAUUCAGUUAUAUUCGAUACUCUUGACAACAUGAAAGAAAGAAUUCAAAAUUUAAAUAAAGACAAAAUUAAUUUGAUUUGAUGAUAUAGGACAAUUGCACGCCAAUUAUACUGUUUCGACGCAGAUUUUUGUGAAAAGCCGAAAUUGAUUUGAACCGUUUUCGCUGAUUUUAGUUGAUACUACUACUAAAGGCCUUAAGAAAAAUGAUAAUUUCCACACUACCACUAUUUGACUAUUUUUUUUAAUAUCUCAAGAUUAACAAUAGUUGAAGGUGUAGUUUUAGCAGCCAAACUAGCCACAACUAUGAGGAAUAUUUCCUACAAAAACCGUUUAAUUUGAUCACAGACUGUACGAAAUAUAUGCGUGGCCAUAUUUUAUGUUCAAACGGUACAAAUAGUUUGCUAACACCCCAUAUACUCAUAACAAUCGUUUUCUACGUAGUUUUUCAUUUAGUUUCUUUCCAUAUAUAGCUAUUUUUCUAGAAUGGUUUUCUUUUUAUAUUUUAAAGGACAAUCCACAACAUCAAUUAACUCAUUUCAUGGCAGUGGGUGCCGAAAAACGUUUAGAAAACUAUUUUUUUCUUCGAAAUGUUCACGAGACGGUUAGCAUUCUUUUUUUACCUAUUGAAUUGAAUACAACAGACAAUUUUUUUAUUGGUGUACAGGUUGUUAGUCAAGAAAUACAAUUAAAUCGAAUAUUACGAAUGCUUGAUCAAGAGGAACUUGACAUAUUUUAUCGAUAUGAUACUCUACCAAUUGGUUAUAGUCGUUAUCGAAAUUUGUAUGAAUUUGAUCGAUUUUCGUAUAUCUAUAGGUUACCUGGCAGUGAUGCGUAUAAACGACUUAAAGCUAUGGAACAGAAUGAAGAUAAUUUGCAUUCAAUUGUUCAUCACGGAAUACUUCCACAAAGAGGAUCAGUGUCGCGUGUUCAAGAACUUAGAGAUAAGCGAGAUCAACUUCAACAAACGCCAAUUAAACAACACGUACGAUCUUAUGGUGACGAUUUAAUUAGAAAAGAAGAAAAGUCAUCAUUCGAACGGCGAAGGGAAUUGAUUGAUAGUGCUUCGAGUAUUGAUGAAAACAGCCAUUCAACUAUUUCAAAAUCUGUACGUCAUACAACACAAGAAAGAAUCGAUAGUUUGUCGCAAACAAGAUCAAGAUAUUCAGCUGAACAACAGUUAAGACCUUAUGACGACGAUUUAAUUGGAAAAGAAGAAAAGUCAUCAUUCAAACGGCGAAGAGAAUUGAUUGAUAGUGCUUCGAGUAUUGAUGAAAACAGCCAUUCAACUAUUUCAAAGUCUGUACGUCAUACAACACAAGAGGAAAUCGAUAGUUUACCGCAGAUAAAAUCAAGAUAUUCAGCUGAACAACAAUUAAGAUCUCAUGAUGACGAUUUAAUUGGAAAAGACGAAAAAUCAUCAUUCGAACGGCGAAGGGAAUUGAUUGAUAGUACUUCGAAUAUUGAUGAAAACAGCCAUUCAACUAUUCCAACAUCUGUGCGUCAUACAACACAAGAGGAAAACGAUAGUUUGCCAAAGACAAGAUCAAAAUCUUCAGCUGAAAUACCAACUGAAAUCAAGUCAAAGCAUGAUGUCAAAUUUGCUGAGUCUGUUAAAGGCAUUAGUCCAAUGACAGAAGAAACACUGGAAAGUUUCCAGUAUAAUGAAGAUCAAAUGAAUGGAUCGAAUGUUUCUGAAAUGAUUCACGUUCCCAAUGAAUCAGGUAUUUCCAGAAAACAAAAGGAAGACAAACGUCAUGAAACUGAACCAUCUGAAAACUGGAAUAUUACCACCGUGGAUGAUUCGGACUUUGAACAAGAGACAAAACCAGAUGGUAAUAGAAUCAGUAAUAUUCACGAGAAAUCUACUUCAGAAAAUAUGAACUCUAAUACAGAAAGUGAUGCUGGCAGUGCAUACAGAAAAGUAUCAUUGCGAAAGUCAAUAGAUGAUACCGAAAAAUUACCACAUGGAGAGAACGUAAAGUUCACUAGCGAUCCUGUUAAAGGUGUGAGCUGUGAUGGAAAUAGAACAGAAGUUGAUGUUGACGAUGGAGAGGAAGAGUCAUUACUGCAAAAGUCGGCAUCUCAGUCAGAAGAAGAUCAUGAGGAUCAGUUAUCGGAUAACGUUCAGAAUAAUGAAAAGUUAAAUACAUUAAAACACGAAGUUUUUAAUUCAAAACAAGAAUCCGCUUCGAUUCACGAUGAAACAUCUGAUAGUGAUACACAAGGCAUCACAGACACUGAAAAAGAUUUGGACAACAAGUCAAAAGCUGCUCAUCUAGCUUCUACUACUAAAGAUAAACCCUCUUCGGCUCAAAAUGGCACUCUCCAGUCGCAUUCAUCAUCUGAAAUAAGUCACGAUCUGAAAAAUUCAAAUUCAGUACCAUCAACGCCAGACAUCUCACAAGACUCUUUUCAAAAACCAGAGAAAUCAGCAAAAAAAGAUGAAUCAUCAGCUAAAGCAAGGAGUCAAUUUGGGGCUGAUGCAGAAAAUAAAAAAUCAGACAAAAAAGAUGAAUCAUCAGCUAAAACCACGAGUCAAUUUGGGGCUGAUGCAGAAAAUAAAAAAUCAGACAAAAAAGAUGAAUCAUCAGCUAAAGCAAGGAGUCGAUUUGGGGCCGAUGUCGAAAAUGAAAAAUCAGACAAAAAAGAUGAAUCAUCAGCCAAAACCACGAGUCGAUUUGGGGCCGAUGUGGAAAAUGAAAAAUCAGACAAAAAUGAUGAAUCAUCAGCUAAAACCAGGAGUCGAUUUGGGACCGAUGCAGAAAAUGAAAAAUCACUAAUUGAAGAAGUUGCAAAUUUGCCUUCUCGGGAAAGUUGUUUUGCUGAUACUGAAAAAAUAAUUUCGCAGGAGGUCCAAUGUAUAGCUGACGAUACAAAUGAAGAACUGUCUGAUAAAGAUGAAGUUCAAAAUCGUUUGCGUGAUAAUCAUGAAUCCGACGAGGAAAUAGAAAAUAUCAAAGAUAAAAAACAUGUUAGAAUAAACGCACCGACUGUACAUUGUAACAAUGUGCCAGGUAAGAAAAAUGUUUUGACCACGUUGGAAUGGGAUGCAUUGCCUUCAGUUCGUAAUUGUAUGAUCGAAUGUGAAAAUAAAAACGGUGAAUGGACAACCAUUGGCGAAAAAAUUAAAUCGAAUCAGACAAAAACCAGUGUAGAAAUGCCUUCAUGGACAGACCCAUUACGUUUUCGUUUAGUUGCAAAUAUGACUGAUGGACAAAUUCUUUAUAGUGAUCCAACAGAUAAAAUUUCUCCUUCGAAAGGUGAAACAUUGCCAGUCUAUAUAAAACCGAAUGUGAAAGUUUUAUCACGAGAAUCGGUUGAGUUAAUCUGGGAACCACCAAGCCACGAUAUGAGCGAAGUUUUAAUGUACGAUGUUGAAAAAAAAGAGCAACAAAAAGACAUAUGGGAAAAGGUAGACACUGUAGAUGCAUCACUUGGUGCUAUCAAAGUUGAUGAUCUAAUGAAUGCACGACGUUGUGAGUUUCGUCUAAAACCAUCGGAGUCGUUAUCUGUUGAAAAUCAAGAGGAUGAAAUAGAUCAAGACAGCGAACUGUUUGUUGUUCCAAAUGUAAAUGAAUGGCUUAGUUUUCUUCAUGUUGAACCAUUAUCAUCGAAUAAAAUUGAAGUAAAUAUAGAGAAAGAGGGUUUCAGACAAUGUGAUGGUUAUAGUGUUGAAUACAGCCCUGCUUCAAACGAUGAAUGGGAAAAGGUUGAAGAUAUCUCAAGUGACGCUCCGCAUAUUAUUAUAGAAAAUCUCAAUGAAUCAACAAACUAUAAAUUUCGUUUCACGCCUAUCUUGAUAAACGAUGAUUCAUCCCGUAUGUCUCUCAUAUUAGAAAGACAAAUGCCAUCAAAUGAAACUGUGUCUAAACAUAAUCCACCUACGUUCAAUGUAGUUCAAAUUGAUCAAAACAGUGUCGUAAUUGAAGCAAUUCCAUGUGAUGAUGACGGGAAAAUACGGGAUGAAUUUGAUAUCUAUGCAAAAAGUGAUCAAGAGAAACAAUGGCAUAAGGUUGGUAAAAUUGAUAAAACACAUUUAACUGCAAAUGUUGAUAAUCUUGAAGAAAAUACUGCUUAUUCAUUUAAAAUCAAUAAUACAUCAAAUGAUAAUUCAAAUGUGGAUCCGACAACUAUUGUACAAUUAAAAUUGGAAAAGAAAUCAGAAGAAAAAAAAUUACCGUUUGAUUCAUCGUUAUUAUUGAAAAAGUUCGAAGAAACAUUGGAAUCAAUUGUGGGUGGUGUAAUGAAAGCAGCUGCUGGUCAUCAAACAAUUGAAGAACCGGUUAACGCUAGUUUGAAUGAAGCUCUGAAAGAUGUUUUUAAUGAUGAAAAUUUUAUUAAUAGAGAACAGAAUGGUUUUGAAACAUUGGAAUUAAAUAAUGAAUUACAAUUAUUUCGUGGUCCAAAACAGUUGAUGUUAAAAGAAUUAGAACGAGAUGAAACGAGUGAUGUAUCAAAAAAAUAUGGUGAAAUUAUUGUUCAUAAUCAUCGACGUCGACGAUCAACUGUGGAUAUUCGAGAAGACAAUGGCAAUACAAAAAUACAAAAUAUUGAUGGUGAUAUAAUUAUUCGUAAUGUUGAAAGUGAUAUAUUAUUAUCAAACGGUGAAACACGUAGUCAUUUAUCGAUGAAUAUUGUUGGACAAGCGUUUAUUAAAGGAGUACAAGGUGCAUUAGUAGCCAAAAAUUUCAAAGGAAUUAUUGUUAUUAAGAAUAUCACGAAUGAAUGA